AUGCAGACAGCCUGCUCCGUGACUGUGCUGAGGAAGACGAACGGUGAUUUCCUGAAGAAUACCUUCACGGGACUCAUGAAGCUGACCGUGGAGGACUUCGUCGUCAUCGAACUUCGGAAUCCGUUGAGCAUCCGCUUCGCUGGAGAGGAAAGCUUAUGGUUUCACCCGUGGUACGCGACAGGGCUUGCCAGUCAGUGUCCCGACGGGGCGUGCCUUUUUCGCAUGGAUCCUGUGCUUGCUGUGCCUCUAAGUUUCCACAACUUCUGGGUGACAGUGCUCUGCAUUCCAGUUGUGGUUUGGGCUGCACAGAUCAGCUACCGUCUUCUCCUCGCGGUAUUUCUGCAUUAUCGGUUGAACACCAGCCGGCCACUGGUUCUCGAUCGCAUGAGCAUCUUUGUUGAUGACCUUCAGCAGCUCAUCCGCCAGCACUUCAACCAGAUACUGCGAAUUCGUCGCACGGUGCCUUCGAAGAUGGUUUCCAAGGUCCAGCUCAUGGUCCAUGUUCAGCCUGAGAGCUUGGCGGUCCAGUCUGAUUCGGGCGACAGGAUCAGCUUGCAAUUUUCGGUCGACGCAUCACAGCCCUGUGCUGCUAUGUUUUUCUGGGGGGUCACGAACCAGGCAUGCCAGCAGCUGCUGCUCCUUGGUUCGGAAGGCUUAGCUUUUCUGGAUCCGGAACGGGCGGCCUCCGUGUUUCCCAGCGGCCAAUAUGCCCAUCGAUCCACGGCAGCUUUUCCAGCUGGGCUUGGGCAGCCGGUGAGACUAGAUGAAGACUUGGCGGCCAUGCGGCGAGCCGGCUAUGAUCUCCUGCGAGCUGCAACGCAGAGCGCCGGAGCGGACUCGGCAGACGACAGGAUUCCUCUAGUGAUCUGCACAGGGGCGCCUGCGAGUGUUCUGGACGACGCGAGCUCUGCGAACAUGCAGCUAACCUUUGUGCGCUUUCGAAGAGAAAGCACAUCCGGGCCCGUUCAAUGUGAAGUCCUCCGGCAACUGGUGGCAUCCAAAGACGUGUUCCAUCAGAUUCUGGGUAUCUACGGCUUCGAAGAGGGAGACAGAGAAACCGAGUGCAUGGUCUGUUAUGAUCGUCCACGGAGUGUUGUGGUGCUGCCUUGCCGCCAUUGCUUCGUGUGCCCCGCUUGCCUACGGUCCCUUCGUGAAGAGAAGUGCCCUAUGUGCCGA